GAUAAACGGAUAACUCGACAAUAUGGUUAUAGCGCUCGUGGAACACGUCCCGUCGUCCGUGAUUACAGCUAUGUUCGGUGGGCACCUCAUUAUUCGGCUAUAUCAGCAAUUUCGAGUGACGGGCUUAUAGCUAACCAACUGAUGAAAAAUCCAGAGGAAAGAUUUGACGCGAAUUCGUUUAUACAAUUUCUUAAUGAGCAGCUUUUACCGGCAAUGAAUCCGUUCAACGGGGAAAACCCGCGAUCUGUUAUCGUCAUGGGUGAGAGUAAUUAA